AUGGCAGAAUUUACAGGUUACAAGGAAACCUCAAAUCGGCAUCUACGAUUCAAAUUGCAGAGUCUUAGUCGCCGUCUUGAUGAACUGGAGGAAGCAACCAAAAAUCUGCAGAAAGCAGAGGAUGAGCUGCUUGACCUCCAGGACAAAGUCAUCCAGGCAGAAGGCAGCAACUCCAGCAUGCUGGCUGAUGUUGAAGCUCUGCGGAAAAGAGUGCUGAAAAUUGAAGGCAAGGAUGAAGAAAUUAGGAAAGCUGAAGAGCUUUGCCGGUUAAUGAAAGAAAAACUUGAAGAGGAAGAGAGCCUCACCCGAGAGCUGAAGUCAGAAAUCGAACACCUUCAGAGGAGAAUGGCAGAGCUGGAGAAGCUGGAGGAGGCCUUCGGCAGGAGCAAGAAUGACUGUACACAGCUGUGUCUUAGCCUCAAUGAAGAAAAGAACUUGACCAAAAAGAUAUCUACAGAAUUAGAAAUACUUAGAGUGAAAGUCAAAGAACUGGAAUCAUCUGAGGACAGGCUGGAUAAAUCUGAGCAGAGCUUAAUGGGUGAGUUAGAAAAGCUGAAAUCCUUAACACUGAGUUUUAUCACUGAAAGAAAACAUUUUAAUGAAAGAGAAAAGCAGAAUGAAAAAAUAAUCCAGGAGCUAACACAGAAACUAGAACAAAACAACAAACUAAAUAGGGCAGAUCAAACUAGAAAUGCAUCCAACUUGCUAGAAAGGUCAUCAAAUAAUCUCCUGGACAGAAAUGAUUUGAGAAUUGAGGAUGACUUGACUUCUGUGUUGCCCCCUAAGGAGACCAGGAGGAAGGGAAGUGUGGAUUACCUGAAACAUGUAGAAAAUGAAACCAGGAGUAAAUCAGAAAACCAAAAGAAUAAAAACCAGGAAGACAACAAAGUGAAAGAUCUCACCCAAGAAAUUGAGAAACUUAAAACUCAGAUCAAACGUUUUGAAACUUUAGAAGAAGAACUUAAAAAAAUGAGAGCCAAAAACAAUGACCUGCAAGACAGUUACUUGAGUGAACAGAAUAAAAACAAACUCUUAAUGGGUCAGCUAGAAGAAGUAAAAAUGCAAAUAAAGAAACAGAAAGAUCUGGAGAAUGGAGAGGUUGAAAAUGAAGAUACAAGCUUUUCUAGCAGGGGAAAACAUGACAGACCUAAAUAUAGAGGUGUCACAGCUGAUUUGACAGCUGCCAAGCACAAGCCAAGGGAGCUCUCACCACAGCAGCGCCGGGAAAGAGCAAGGAACAGAGAUUUCUCUGUCAGUAACGACAGCUACACCCACAGUGGUAAGCAUGUGCCCAGUCCAAGCUUAAUGAACAGAAAAGCAGGAAAAGCAUCUAGUGCAUCUGCCCUUUCAGACACUGCUGUGGCAGAUUCAAAAAGACUGGAAGAGAAAUCUUUAGUUUCCACUUUUUCUUCUGGUCAGAAGGAAGGCUGCGUCAUGCAGAAUGAGGGAAAGAGAUCAAAAGAGCAGCCAUCUGUCCUCAGCCGAUAUCCUCCUGCUGCACAGGAGCAAAAAUCUUGGAAAGCACCUUCCAAACCUGUUGGUGACACAGGCCUGAGAUCCAAGGCUGAAAAGCCAUCUCAGAUGCUCCGUGGCAUCUGCCAAACCAGUGCUGAUGCACGGGAUGAAAAGUCAAGCAAAGGAGAAUCAGUGGCUUCUUUGGCCGAGAAGCUGAAAAGUCAGGCAGAAGUCAGUGACUGCUCGGAAGCGGCAAACACUUUUGCUGCAUCACAGAGACAGCCCUUGGAGGGGAGGGGUAAAAGAGCAAUUUUUUCCCAGGAAAAAGAAUUCACAAACAUGGCACUUGAAAGUGUGAAGCCUUCAACACUAACAAAGCAUCCCCAUCACUCCAGGAGUCAGGAAGACAUUCUGCAGAUUCUAACAGAUCUUGAUAAAGAAGACACGGAGCAGUCUUCAACUUCAGCAGUGGAUCAUGUAAAUGCUGGCUUAAAGACGGACUCUAAAACCAUCCAGAGUAACCAGGAAAAACUUAAUUCAGAUGAAGAAUUGGGAAGAAGCAAGAAAACAACCACUCACUCAGAUUUUGAGACAAGAAAGAAAGUCAGUUCCAAGCAGUUCUCCAAUUCCAGGGGAGUUUUUAGAGCAUCACUUUUUGAAAAUGACAAAAACACUGUAAAUGAUGAAGACUCCACCAAGUCUAUAAAAUCAUCAGAUGCCAGCACUGGAGGAUUUAAAUCCAGAAGGUCGUUCAGCCCGAGAGAAGCUCUGAGAUCUAAAGCUGUCAUUAAACCUGCAAUUGUUGAAAAGGAUAUGAAGGCAGUCAUGGGAGGGACUGUUUCUGAGGGAGAGUCAGAAAAACAGAAGUCUGUUUUUAAAAUGGUACCAAAUAAGAUGACAAGCAGUAUCACAAUCUUCCCUUCUGAGCCAACAGUUCCAAAGACCAGUGCAGAUACAGCAGCAAAGGAAAGGCAUGUUACCACCAGCAACAUCAGAGUUGCUCCAAAUGAGCCUUCAGCAAUAACAAACAAUCUCCCCACAUCCUUUGAGAUAUCCAUUAAUAAAACUGCUCUGAAAUUAUCUGAGACAGACAGAACUGGAGAGGCAGUGCCGAGAAGUAGAACAGAAACAGUGGUCUCCAGAAGCAGUAUUAUGAUAAAGACUUCUGAACUCAUGGAGAGGAACAGUGAGCCACCUUUGGAGACAAUCAGCUGGAAGAGCCAUGGCUCUUCAGAUGCAGCGUCAUCUGAAACAAAACAUGUCACUGUGAGAAGUUCCUGGAGAACAAGACAAGGCUUAGAUUCCCUGGAGGACUCUCAAACCAAAGUGGAGAAAAGUGCAGCUUCCAGUACUACAAACACGUGUAGGUCCUCAGUGGACCUCUCAGAAAUGGAAGGGAACAGUGCAAGAACAAACUCCUUGGAGCAGACCUCAGCAAGGACCAGUGCCACAGCUAAUUCCUGGAGUGCCCCUGAACUUGGGUCCCGAAGGACCAAAAGUAACUUAAGUGCAUCGGAACUGCUAACACGCAGGAGCUAUGCAAGUGAUCCUACAGUGGCUUCUGCUUGGCACCGGACCAUGCUACCU